AUGGUUUCGCUACGUGGGGCUUCGGAUAUCAAUGUUAGCGUAAAAAAGGCCACAACCGCGGAGGCUUCGGUACCCAAGCGAAAACAUGUGCGAGCAUGUGUGGUGUACACUUGGGACAACCGCAAUGGCCGUGAUUUCUGGAACGCAAUCAAACUUCAGCCACUGCAGAACUCCGAUAUCCAGACGUUCAAGGCCUUGGUGGUUAUCCACAAGGUUAUGCAGGAGGGCCACCCCAAGGUGAUUAAGGAGGGCCAGAACAAUGUCAACUGGCUGCGAUCGCUCGCUCGAAAUGGAAGCUACGGCGGUACCGGCCAGUACAACCGGCUGAUCGAGGAGUACGUCCGUCUUCUUACCCACAAGCUUGACUUUCACAAGGCCCACCCUGCUUUCAACGGUACCUUCGAGUACGCGGAGUAUAUCUCGCUUCGCCAAGUCGACGAUCCAAAUGAGGGUUAUGAGGCAAUCAUCGAUUUACUCAACCUCCAGGACGCAAUUGACGAUUUCCAGCGCCUUGUCUUCGGAAGCUUGCGAGGCCGCCAUGGAAACGAAGUCAAAAUAUCUUCUCUUACUGCCAUCGUCGCAGAGUCCUACGGAAUUUAUCGCUUUGCUACUAGCAUGCUUCGUGGCAUGUACGCUGCUGGUCAGGCAGACGAUGCUCUCGAACCGUUGCGUCAGCGUUAUUACACACAGCACCGCCGGUUGCGUAACUUUUAUUUUGAUUGCACCACUCUUAAGCCUUUGACUGCUCUUAUCUCUAUUCCUCAGCUGCCCGAGGAUCCGCCUAAUCUGUUCCUUACCGACGAUGAUGCUCCGCCUCUCCCGAGACGACCAAUUGAAGCGUCUAAAACAGGCGAGUCCUCUGCUACUUCAUUGGCUCCUGAACCCACUGGAGACUGGUAUUUGCAGCAGCAAGCCCAGCAGCAGCAACUUGAAGAGCAGCAGCGCCAGCAGAUGCUGCUUCAGCAACAGCAGCAGAUGGCUCAGCAGCAGCAGUAUGAAGAAGAGCAGCGACGCCUCCAAGCGGCUCGUGAGGCUGAGGAAGCUCGCCAGCGUCAGUUGGCUUACGAACAGCAGCAAAUGUUCGAACAGCAGCAGGCCCAGCUGUUGGCUCAGCAGCAGGCUGCGCAAGAAGAGUUUUUACGCAGCCAACAGCAGCGUAAUGCUGAGGGCAGAGUUGCGGAGCUUGAACAGCAGCUUUUUGCCAUGCGUGGACAACAGGAGGAAGCCCAGAUGAUGCUGCAGCAGUACGACCAGCGAGUCCAAACGCUCGAAAACGAGCUCUCUCAAUCCAACUCCCUGACUGAGCAGCAGCUUCAAUCCAAAACAGACCAGGUCGAAGCUCUUCAUGAGCAGGUCAAUGUCUGGAAGUCCAAAUAUGAGUCUCUCGCCAAACUGUACUCUCAGCUUCGUCAAGAACAUCUUGAUUUACUAUCCAAGUUCAAAAAGACUCAGGCUAAGGCUGCGUCAGCCCAGGAGGCUAUUGACAAGCGGGAAAAGAUCGAACGUGAUCUCAAAGCUAAAAACCUCGAGCUUGCCGACCUCAUCCGUGAGCGUGAUCGUGCGCGAUACGAUCUUGACCGGCUGAAGGGCCAGCACCGCGAUGAAACCGACCGUUUGGAGCGUGAUUUGUCUCUUUUGAAUGACAAGCUCUCGAAAACCCAGCUUUCUGGAUCUGAGCGUGCUUCUUUGUUGGACUCGCACAGCAAGGAGAUACAGCUCCUAGAAGCCAAACUCGCGGACGCCCAACGGCUGCUUGCAAAUGCAAGCACUUCAGGUGACCAGGACCGUGAGAUCCAUUACCUCAAGGAAACGAUUGAAGCCAUGGAACAUGAACUAUCCAAGUCGGUGGUAGCCAGCGGCGGCAACCUUCUUGAUGAGGUUCUAAAGUCUGCUUCUGAAUCUAUCAAGGACGGCCUUUCCAUGUUCCACUCUCCUAUUGAGACAGGUAACCAAGGUACAACUGUGCAAUAUAUUGAGACGAUUGUCCAGCGCUGCUGGGAGUCGGUUGACGAUUUUUCGGCCGGCUUUACCGAUUACUUGAGCGCUCAGGUUGAGGGCGAAGGUGACGCUACACCAAUUGUAGGUGCCACAUUGAACCUCUCUAAUGGUAUUGUUGAGCUUCUUGCCAACGUGAAAGGCGUGUCCGCAAUGCUCCCUGACGACUCUGAAAAAGUCACUCAGCCUACUGAGUCGGCAGCGGAAACGACUUCUGAGUUUUUCGAGACCAUGCUCUCGUCCGUUCUUGCCGAACUGACGGUCGACGAUCAGUUAGAACUUAUCAUUGAAAGCCACACGGACAUUCUACAACAACUCCAGCAACUUUUGGAGGCGGUAUUGUCUUCGCAACCCAAGCAGUCGAAGGAGACCAAUCCCGAAUCUGCUAUGGAGCGUGCAGCCUUGGCUGCCGAGGAAGCCAACCGCAAGCUUACCGAGCUUUUGGCUCGUCCUCGCGACCCCAAGUUGUCUGUUUUCGACAAGCAUGUUCACGAGGCUAUUAUCGCCGCCGCUGUGGCUAUUACUUCGGCAAUUGCCGCGCUUAUCAAGGCUGCAUCAGAAUGCCAGAAAGACAUUGUUGCAAAGGGCCGUGGUACAGACUCGGCUACUGUGUACUAUAAGAAAAACCAUCGCUGGACACAGGGCCUUAUCUCGGCAGCUCAUGCUGUGGCAGACUCUACAAACACUCUUAUUGAUACUGCUGACGGCUCCCUCACUGGCCAAAACAGCCCUGAACAGCUUAUUGUUGCCUCGAACGAGGUUGCUGCUUCUACUGCACAACUUGUAGCUGCUGCCCGCGUGAAGGCUGACCAUGGAUCUCGCACCCAGCAGAACUUGGAGACUGCUUCAAAGUCUGUCGGCUCCGCAUGCCGCUCGCUUGUCAACCGUGUUCAGGAAAUUUUGUCCAGCCGUGAAGUCAAGGAGGCACAGACUAACUUUAAGACUCUUCCCGAGCACGAGUUCCGCACUGCAGCCAUGUCCCAGCAGGUUGAGGUGCUCAAGCUAGAGCGUCAACUCACCGCCGCUCGCAAUCGUCUUUUCGAGAUUCGCAGAGAAGAGUACAGACGCCAAGGCGACGAAGAAGAUGAUGAUGAGUAUUAA